UAACACUCUCACAUAUUACAACAACAAGAAGAACCGCACAAACACUUGAUAAGUAAAGAAAAUAGUGAAUUUGAUCUUAUCUUUUCAUUUAAGAAGAUAGAAAUAUGACUUCCAAACAAACCCAACAGCAAGAGAGAGCCGAUGCCAUUGCUUUGGCCGCCGGUGAUGAGCUUCGUGAUGCACGAAAGGAGGUCGUGAUGACCACCACCACUGCUACCGCCAGGCCCGCCACUGAGGCCACUACUGAAUCUGAUCCUAACCGCCCUGGUGUGGUUGGGACCAUACUGAAGUCUGUUCAAGACACUAUCGUUCAUGCUAAGGAUGCUGUUAUUGGAAAAACUCAUGAAACUACUGAAUCUGCUCGGGAGACCAAAGAACUGGCUGAGGAUAAAACCCGGAAGGCUGCUGAUGCUGCCGGAAAUAAAGCAAGGGAGACUGGGGAGAAGGUGGGUCAGGUUGCGGAUGCGGCGGCGGAGAAAAGUAAGGAAGUUAAGGAUAGGAGUGUUGAGAAGGGAAGUGAAUUUAAGGAUUAUACGGUUGAUAAGGCGAAGGAGGCGAAAGAUUACACCAUGGAUAAGGCUAGAGAAGCGAAGGAGAAAACUGGGGAAGCAAAGAAUACUACUAUUGGUAAGGCGACUGAAUAUAAGGACUAUACGGCGCAGAAGGCCGGCGAGGCCAAAGACAACACGGCGCAGAAGGCCGGCGAGGCCAAGAACUACACGGCGCAGAAAGCCGGCGAGGCCAAGGACUUCACGGUGAAUAAGGCCGGCGAGGCCAAGGACUUCACGGUGAAUAAAGCCGGCGAGGCCAAGGACUUCACGGUGAAUAAGGCCGGAGAGUAUAAAGAUUAUGCGGCGCAGAAGGCCGGCGAGGCUAGGGAUUACACGGCGGAGAAGGCUAAAGAGGCGAAGGACAAGACAAUGGAGAAGGCUGGAGAGUUAAAAGAUUAUACUGCUGAGAAGGCUAAAGAGGCGGCGGAGAAGGCCGGCGAGGCUAAGGAUUACACUGUGAACAAGGCCGUCGGGGCGAAGGAUUACACUGUGAACAAGGCCGUCGAGGCAAAGGAUUGUACUCUGAAUAAGGCCGGUGAGGCAAAGGAUUACACUGUGAAUAAGGCCGGAGAGGCAAAGAACAAGACGGCGGAGAAGGCAGGGGAAUACAAGGACUACACGGCAGAAAAGGCUAAAGAAGCAAAAGACUACACGGCUGAGAAGGCUAAGGAGGCUGCCAACAAGGCCGGUGAAGCGAAGGAUUACACGGUGAACAAGGCCGUGGAGGCUAAGGAUUAUACGGCGGAGAAGGCUAAAGAGGCGGCGAAUAAGGCCGGUGAGGCGAAGGAUUACACUGUGGAUAAGGCUAUAGAGACAAAAGAUGUAACAGCGGAUAAGGCAGGGGAAUAUAAGGAUUAUACUGUUGAGAAAGCAACAGAAGGAAAGGAUACAGCGGCAGGGAAGCUGGUAGAGUUAAAGGACACUGCCGUAGACACAGCUAAGAGGGCCAUGGGAUUCUUCACUGCUAAAAAGGAAGAAACUAAGGAGAAGCUUUCUGAAGAACAACCCAAGGAGACUUAUUCUGGUUCUGAGUAUGAAGCAAGGAGGAUAAUGGAAGAAUUGAAGCUGAAAGAUGAAGAUGAAGAUAUGAAGAAGGUGGAGGCUGACAAGGUAACGCCGGUGGCGGCGAAGGUGAAUCUUUACAAUACGAUGGAGAGUAUGGCGGAUGCGAUAAGGGAAAAGUUGAGAAUGCCAUCUGAAACGGUGGAAGAUAAUAAGAAGGCGGCGGUGGUGGUUGAUGUUCGCCAACCGGCGACUGGUAGGUCGUCGGCGACGGCAGCGUCGGCGGCGGCGGUCAAGGAUUCUGAUCAGUUUAGCGGACAGAGUUUCACUGAUGAUGGCCGUUAAUGUUUGGAUUACAUCGUUGUUUGUUUGUUUUUUUUGAAUUUGCAUCUUUGUUUUUCAAUUUGUAUUUCUGUACUUUGUUUUUGAACUGGACCAUGUCAAAUUAAAUAUUUAACAUGUUUUUUUUUUUUUUUUUGUAA